AGAGAGCUCAGAUCCAAACGCAGCCCAGCUCUGGGUCCCCCUCUUUCCUAAGCCAGCUGGUCUGGCUUAAUAUCAUUUCUUUCUUUCACUUCCUUUUUUUUUUUUUUUUUUUAAAAAAUCCUUUUCUUGUUUGAUACAAGGGACUGACUGAGCAAACCCACAGCUGGAGCUGCUGGGGAACCUUCCAGGUGAAGACAGAACAGAAAGCACUGGUGCUCGCUAACAGCCCGAGAGGCGCGUGCUUCAGGAGGAGACUCACUGAUGGACUGAACCGCUGGACGGAGAGGACACGCGGAGAAAGUCACGGAAGACAUGCGGGACUGAGCGGAGAGGAGCCAGCCAGCAGUUUGGGAUUGACAAGUGAAAAACCGAGGACCCGGAAGUCAAACGAAGGAGCCAGAGAAGACGUUUGUGAAAAACAGGAAAAGCAACAAGAAAAAAAACGAAGAUGGGGAGAAAAAAGAUUCAGAUAGCACGGAUCAUGGAUGAACGAAACAGACAUGUGACAUUCACCAAGCGUAAGUUCGGCCUGAUGAAGAAGGCGUACGAGCUGAGCGUGCUGUGCGACUGUGAGAUCGCUCUCAUCAUCUUCAACAGCACCAACAAGCUGUUUCAGUACGCCAGCACCGACAUGGACAAGGUUCUGCUCAAAUACACCGAGUACAACGAGCCCCACGAGAGCAGGACCAACUCCGACAUCGUGGAUACGCUGCGUAAGAAAGGUUUAAACGGCUGUGACAGCCCCGACAUCGAGGCGGACGACUCUGCAGGCCAGAGCCCAGAGUCUGACGACAAAUACCGCAAAAUCAACGAGGACAUCGACCUGAUGAUCAACAGGCAGAGAAUCUGUCAAGGUCUGCCUCCCUCCAACUACGAUAUGGGAGUGUCCAUCCCAGGCAGUAACACCGGCGGCCUGCUGUACUCCCACCCUGGAAUAGGGGGCGGUCUUGGUAACCACAACCUGCUGCCCAUCUCACACACACACCCCUCCCUGCAGAGAAACAGCAUGUCCCCUCAGCGGCCCCCCAGCACUGGAAAUGCAGGACUGAUGGGUUCAGAGCUGCCGAGCACUGUGGUCUCCAGUGUGGGAAAUGGCAGCUACAGUAACCACUGCACCUCCCCCGGGCUGCUGUCUCCAGGAGGAGUCUCCAAAAGCAUGCAGGACAAGAGCCCCCCUCCCAUGAGCAUGAGCCGUAAGCCCGACCUGCGAACACUGAUGCCCCCCUCCAACAAGUGCAACAACAUGCCAACUAUUAAUCAGAGAAUAAAUCACUCUCAGACGGCUCAGACGCUGUCGACUCCUGCAGUCUCCAUCGCUCCGACUCUACCUGGACAGGGGAUGGGCGGGUAUCCGUCGACACUCACCUCUUCUUAUGGCACAGAGUUCUCCCUCGGAACCGACCUGUCCUCUCUGUCUGGCUUCGGAGGUUCUGGUCUUGGAUCAGUCUCGAGCUGGCAGCAUCAGCAGAUACAGAAUCUGCAGCACUCAGCACUCGGACACAUGGGGAACAUGUGUCAGAACUCAAACCUGAACCUCACCUCCGGUCAUCAGAACCUGCACAUCAAGUCUGAGCCAGCUUCUCCUCCCAGAGACCGGAGCAUCGGGAUGCUGGGCACAGGACUCGGAGGGGCCGUGACCACAGCCGGAUACUCCACCUCUGGCCGGGGUCCCAACGAAGCGGGCCGCUCCCCCGGCGACAGCGCGUCCAGCUGCGGGAGCUCAUACGAAGGCAGCGAGGAGCGCGAGGAUCAUCACGGCAACGACGGCUUCCUGCUCCGGCCUCUGUCCAGUCAGGAGGAGCGCCACAGCCCGUCGGUGAAACGGAUGAGGUUAUCGGAGGGCUGGGCGACAUGAUAGGAGCCGGUCUGCAACCAGAGGGGAAGGGAUGUUAGGAAAGUUACCUUAUAGUGUUAUUAUUAUCAUCAUAUUCUUCUUGUACUGAGUGGGUGUGCUAUAUGUGUAAUGGUAACAUGUACGUGGGGGGGGGGGGGGGUGGCAGAGUCAGACAGUGUCAGUCUUAUAUGAAACAGUGAUGCUCUGCUGUAUUUACAACAUGUACUGUAGUUAGACUUGUACACUAGAGCAGUGACUCCUGGGAGAUCUGGAUUAAGAAAUGGUCAAAAAAAAUCUCAGUGAAACGGAGAAUUCAGUUCAUCAAGUCACAUGUGACACACAGCAGUGAUAAACAAAAACACUAAGAGAAACACAAUAUGACUGAGACACAGCCGUCUCCAAACACCCUGAAGGAUAACGAGAAAAAUCCACGGCUUGCCCAGAGCUUAUAACCAACAUGCACAUCUGUGUCUGCUCAGGACGAAGCUAGAGUCCGCUUAGCUUAGCUUAGCUUAGCUUAGUUUAGCUUAGCUCAGCUCAGUGUAGCUAGCCUGGCUCUGUCCAAAGGAAACAAACUCCAGCUACCAGCAGCUGAAUACAUCACAGGCCUCAGACAAAUACAGCAAGUGGAAAUUACGAUGGAUUACAAUCAAACAUUACUGCGUGUUUAUCGUUAUCUGAAGAAUUACAGGUAGACGCUUAAUAAACUUAAAAACAAGCUGAAAGUCACAAAAGUUUCAAUCCGACUUUUCACUGAGGUUUUUGACAGUUGUCAGGACCGUUUCUGCAGUUCAACCCAGAGCUGAGUUCAUUCAGCAGGAACGUGAUGAGGCGGCUGCAGAGGUUGUUGGUGUACAUGUUUGUUUGUUUUGUGUGUGUUCUGGGGGGCGGGGAUUUAAGUAAAUAACAAAUGUUAAAUGCACAUUGACGUAUGUGCACGUGUAUGCAAACUAACAAAGGUAAAAGUGAAGAAGUCUGGUACUGAACGGUGAAGCUACCGGGGAGUUUAAUAACGUGGAGGCGUGAGAGCAGGCGCGCUGACGUCACCGCUCAGCGUCGCUGCCGCACGUCGCGUUGCAGGUUCAACAUAUUUACGCACAUAGAAACAUAAAGCACAUUUAAAUAGCGUGGAAGGUAAAGUUUUGCAAAAGGAAAGAGGGAGAAAGAGAAAGAAUGAGUAAGUACAGGAAAAGAAAGAUGGACAAAGAAAUGUGGAGGUGAGAAAUGAGAGAAAUGGUGACGGAGGAAGUUUUCAUGUGAGUGAUUAGAAACUUAGCAGCUGCAGGUUUCACAGCAAAGAAGCUUUGGACUGAUUUCACCUCUCAGAGCCGUGUUAGAAAAAAAUCCAGAUACACGAAGCUAUGGAAGCAAAGAUCAUUGAACUGUCACAAUUUAACUGUGAAAAUUAACCACUACUGAAUACUGAGAUAUAUUUAAUGUAUCUGCACAUUACAGAUACAGCUGUUACACUCAGUCACAUACUGAGACGCACUCACUCUCACAUAUUCAUGAACUAACGAUAAACAAAAGCGUGUGAAGGAACAAAAUAAACAGGAACAUGAAUGAUUCAUAACAAAGGACGGAAACAACAAAAAGAAAAAGCAGGAGUGAAAAAAGAAAAGUUACCAGUGAACGAAUGUUUAAGACAGAAAACGAUGGCAAAUAUAUAAAGGUAAAUAAUUACUGCUGAGUCUGUAGCACUGAAACCAUCCACAUGAAUCCAUGUGGCUUUUAAACUGACAAAUGGUUUCAGCUCCAGUUUCAAUUAAUGUCAGAUAAAAUUGAAAUUCAGGAUGAAAUAUUCAUGUUCUAUAACAGGAUCAAAAACACAAGAAGAACUUUCUGAGUCUAUAAACCUGGAGUUUCUACAAAACAGGAAAAAUCAGACCACACAAGUUCACACAGAUUUUAAAAGAGAAGAAUAAUGCUGUUUAAAUUUCAACAUUAAGCAUUCUAUAGUGGUUAUAUUUCACAAUUUGGUGUCCAUUUGCUUAAAAAAAAAAGUAUUUAUGGCCUUUCUUUGCUUCCAUACAACAUGACCUGCAUCAUUUUCCUGUGAAACAAACAGCUUCUGUCUGUUCGCCGAUCAAACAGAGAAGUCGAGUCCAAACUGGGAAAACUCGAGAGGGAAAUUAUGCACAGAGAGAGUUAGCAUGUGCUAUGUGUUCUGCAGGAUUUAGCCAGAGUGAGGGUUGCACUUCUAAAAGCCAUAUCCAACAGGACAGUGAUGCUUUGCUGCACAAACUUUAUAGUGUUAUGUUUAAAAAAAAAGUUUCCUUCCUUAUUAUAUCAGAUUGAUAUUUUUGGACAUCUACAGCUCUAUUUAAUAAGACAACAGAGAUAAAAGACGCAGAGGCAGGAAGCACAGGUGCAAACUAUUUUCUAACAAACAUUCAGGGAGAUUUUAAGUCAGUUGUUAAUUGAUUGUACAUCAAUUAAAAAUCCCUCCUAGAGUCUGCUGCUCAGCUGGUGUCAGACCCAACUUCAUCUCACAGAGCACAAAGGACAAUCCGCUGUUUGCCACAACCAGCACAACAAGCAUGACACAGUUUACAGCAGUUACCGCGAGGUGAUGGAAGAAGCACUCAGAUCAUUUAUUCAUCACCAACACAACGAGCAGAAGUCCCGCGUUAAAAACUCUACUUCCUGUAGUUGAAGCACAGUAACAGCGCUUCACUGUGAUAUUUUAUGUAUCAGAGGUUUUUCAGAGUAAAAUCUUAAUCUGAAAAACAAGUAAGUAAAAAUGUUGUGCACUAAAAAGUGAACUGUGGUAGUUUAGAAGUAUAAAGCAGAAGCGGCUUAAAACUGAGUUUAAGUGCAGUGAACAGACUGAGUGACUUUCCAUCACUAUAUUUGUGCUGUAACUCUGCGAGGUCAGUGUGGACAUUGAAUCAUUUGUGCCUUGUAUCUCAACUGGGUCUGAUACCAGCUACAGCCAGAGGCUGAGCACUGUAGUUAGUUCAGAGCCUGCUGAGUGUUAACCUUUUUUUAAAUUUUAUUUUAUUUUAAAGAGACAGAGGUGGCUGAGGGUUGUUCACAUUUGAAUAUUUUGGUUUAAGAACUGUAUAUUUGGAGCUCAAACCCUCGGCUGCAGGUCUGCACUGUACUCGCCCUGUUUACCGUAAAUCCAGCAGCCAAAUUCACAAAUUCAAAACGGUGUAGCUUGUUCGAGAGGCACCUCUGCUUAGUUGCAAAUGACUAACUGAUGUGUGUUCAAAAGGGCAGAGCCCAGAUGUGUUUUCUCCUGCACUCCUUUUCUUUUACGAUGACCGUAGUCUCCAGGUUGGUCGGCUUCCGGCUCAGAUUUACUACACACUGGCCGGUGCACUGCAGAGACAGGAGAGUAAACAAACCCUGUAUAUUUGGUUUUGGUUUGAUUCUUUACUCAGUAACUGCCUGGUCCUUAAAUAGCCCUGAUGAGAUGAUUUCAUGUUUUUUAUUUGGCGACGUCAGUGAACGUCCUCUGUACGGUAACGUACGGUACAGGUGUUCUCCCCGCUUUACACGCACGAGUGCUUCAAGAGCUACGUGUUAAAUAUUGUAAGAGAUUGUUAGCGGCAUAAGCUGGCCUUUGUCGCCACUUGGAGACAAUGAUACUCAGAAAAAAAAAAGGGCGCCUCUGUUGUCGCAGAUCUUGUACAGCAGUUCCCUCACUCAGAAACAUGGUAGUAUUUGUAUUUUGCAGAAAAAAAACUUAAAUAAACAGGCUCUGUUACAAA